AUGGAAAGUGAGGGAUCAGGAAAUCCAGCACCGCAUAAAAAGAACAGACCUGAUGAACCAUCUCCUUAUAUAGAUUCAGAUUCAGAUAGUGAAGAAGAAAUAUCACCUAGAAGUAAAUUUUUAAAAGCUUUAGACAGUAGCAGUGACAGUGGAACAGUUUCAUAUUAUUAUGAAACCGACUAUGAUACCGACAAUUCAGAAAUAUGUCAAAAAGGUGAAAAAAGGAAACACGAGAGUAGCUCUUCUACCCACAUAAGACGCAGAAAGCGAAAGCAUAAGAGAACAAAGAAGCACCGUAAAGAUUCCAGUCCGAAGAAACUUGACGAAUCCCAUGAUGACACUAAAGACGCAAUGUUGCAUGUGGAUGAAGCUGAAGGGCGCGGCCCGCAAGAGCGUCUUAGCGAUGACGACGCCGCCUAUGAGCCGCUACAGGAAGCAACCGCUCCCGACGACGCACGCGCUUCACGCAAGAGGCCGAGCGAAAGCCACACAACGGGUGUCCCGAAAAAACGAAUCGAUGAUAAAAAAUUUUAUAAUGAAAAAGAAAUGCAUAAACAACAAGAGGAAUCUGAAGAUGAGGCUAUGGAAAUAACAUCACAAUCUAGCGACAGCCAUCAAAACCGCACUAAUAUUGAAACUCUCGAGAUCACAUAUGGAUGA